UAACUUUAAGGUUAUAUUUGUGUGCAACUAGAAUUGUAAACCAUGUAUAAAUAUAAUUUUUCUGAAGAAUCAAAGGAAGAACUUCAUAAUUUUAUGAAAUCUGCUCAAAUGCAAAAGAAUAACAAGUUUUGUGACUUCAGUGAAUAUAAAUCUUGGAAAAAAGCGUGUCCAAUUGAAUUAAAUAUUGAAAAUAUAUCACUACUCUCAGAAAAAUCUAUGGAUGUGAUUGAGCUCGACAGUGAUAGUGAUUUGCCACUAAGUGUCCCUAGAAACAAUUUUGUUUUUGUGCAGCAAGAAGAAAUAAACAAAGAUCAAUUGGCAGCCGAUGACCUUGUAUAUGUGAUCAAGGAAAAUUUAGAAUCAUACAAAGAAUUGCCCAAAACUGUUACAAAUGAAAUACUUGUUACAGAUAUGCAAAAACUAGAACAAACAUAUCAAAUUUUAUUAAAAGAGUUAAAUUUAGAAAAUGUGAUCUGUCUUGGAGAGUCACUAGAAAAUUCAAGUUGUAAUGAAGACAUUAUUUCCAUGUACAUUCAAAUUUUAUUUCUGGAAAAGUUGAAACUAGAGUAUUCUGAUAGAGUAUUACCUUUUUUGGUGCAAGUCUCUGAAAAAUAUAGCACAACUUUUGAAAACAACAUGACAAAAAUUUUAAUGAGCGAGUCUGAUGGGAGUAUAAAAGUUUUGCUACAGUAUGUUUCAAAUUUAAACUCUAGUACUAAAGCCAAUAUUUUAAGGUUGUUUUUAAAUGUAUGUGAUAAUUUAUGUGAAAAUUACAUAAUUGUAAUAGAUUCAUUGUUAAAUAGUGAAGUAGAGUUCAAUACAUUAAACAAAUUGAUAGAACUCAUGUCCAAACAAGUAAAUGACUUUUUAAAGGAUAAAUUAUUUGGAAAACUGUUACUAAAUGUUUUACAAUACUUGGGCAAAAAUAUAUUACUUGUUGAAAACCCAUUAAAACACAUAAUUGUAAAACAUUCCUCAAUUUGGAAAAUUAAAAUUCAAAAAUUGUUUAAAACUAGUUUAGAAGAGAAUAUGAUAUUAUCCCAGAGUUUUAGAUGAAGUAAAAGAAUAUUUUAUUAAAGUGUAUUGUAUAAAAAAUAUGAACAAAGGCACUCAUUUAGUUUUAUUGGUCGUCCUACUAAUAGAAGAUGCUAUUUCCAUAAACCUAGUAUCAAGUAAAUCAUUGGUAUCUUUUAAAGACAUUAAUAAACUGAAACAAAUAACAU